UAAAACUGUAUUUCCGCUGGGCGGAUGGAAAGUCUUUCGAGGCUCGCGAUAAAAAAUGGCGACGAAAAGAGCCAUGUCCCUUUUACUGUCUGUCCUGUCAACUAUAACGUUGUUAUGGACAGAAUUGGGCGAAUGCAAUAAUGGCCGAAUUUCAGAAGAUGUAGUGGACACAGAUUUCAGUGGGUUCUCUGUACCAUUAGAGCACUCAUUUGAAGUGGAUGAUGUCCCCAGGUUUCGACUUCGUGGUGCUCUGCAGUUCAGGGGUGGGAGAGAGAACAGUGUGUAUCUCUCCCAAAACCAGCUGACAGAGAAAGAUAGGAAUACACUUAAGGAUGUUGCAGCAGUUGAUGGUCUAUACAGAAUCCGGGUCCCUAGAGUCAAUCUGCAGGCAGAUCGACAGACAGAGAGACAAUCUGAGGGUUACCUUACUGCAUUCAUUAGAGCUUGUUCAUUAGUGGAGUCCCACCUCAGUGAUGUCAUCACCCUUCACACUGAUGUCAGCGGAUAUGUUAUCGGCAUCUCUGUAGUGACAAUCCCUGGGUCAUGUCGUGGUAUAGAGGUGGAGGAUGAGGUUGAUCUUGAAGUGUUUAACACAACAGUAAGCGUUGUGGCACCAGUCACUGCACCUGCACCUGAAACGGCACCAUUCAUUGAGAGGAUGGAACAGGAAAUGGAAAAGAAAGGAAAGAACCCACAAGAGCAGAAAUCCUUCUUUGCCAAAUAUUGGUAUUUGAUUCUGGGAGGUGCAGUGUUCCUCAUGGCCACCAGUUCAGCACAGACCCCACCAGGGGGCGCCAGAGAGCAGAGCUGAUUUCCAUUUCAAUGGAUGUAUAUUGUCCCUCUUGUUCUUUUCUUGAUGAUGUCUGGUGCUCAGGAUCAGUCGGGAGGUGGAGCCGGAGGAGGGGCAGCCAGUGGUGGAGGUCGAUGAUUCCCAUGGCAACAAAAAUCCCUGUGUUGUACAUAGUAAUUUAAAACAGAUUUUGAAUUAAUCCACACACAACAACAGGCAUACAUUUACGGAAGAAAAAUUAUUCUAGAGAAAUAACUUGUGACUUCUUGUAUUGCAUUUCUACUACUGAUUUAAUAAAACAUUUGAUGA